UAUUUAUCUAUAUUCAUUGUCCUGCUUGGAAAUAGUGAUGAAUGAUGAUUCGAAAGAAUUCGGCCCGGUAAAGCUGGUAGAGGGAAUUGCGAUAAAAGCGGAAGAAGCUAACAUCACCGACAUUCUGGAUGCAGAGGCCAACUCGCAGAAAACGACCAACGACCGGUGCUCCGGGGAGGGAGCUUUCUCGAUCGCCUCCGCAGAGGUGGAGGCUAGCGGUGAAGUGAAACAUGAACCUCCGUUAGAGAUUAUUGAUGGAAAUGAUGGAACAGAAACCUCUUCUACAUUGGUGCCUGCAGAAGUCAAUGGAGAAACCGCAACAUCUAAUUCCAGCGAUGCGGAGAGCUUCCAACCGAACCACGCCCGUGGUGACCGAAGUAAAAGUUUAGUGGGGCAUGUGGACAACAAUCAAUGGAAGAAGCACGAUUGCACCAUUUGUGACAAACCAUGCGUUACAAAAAGCAGACUCAAGAUCCACAUGGGAAAACAUACCGGAGAGCGGCCGUUUAAAUGUGACAAAUGCGGUAAAACAUUUAUCACAACUGGCGCGCGAACUGUUCAUUUGGUGGUUCACAGUGGAGAGAAAAACUUUAAAUGUGAAAUUUGCAGCAAAAGUUUUACCUACAAGGCACUGUUAAAAAAUCACCAAGCAAGACACGGCGAGCGUCCGCAUGGGUGCUCAGUUUGCGGGAAAAGAUUCAUAUUUCGUAGAGAUCUAGUAACUCACACGGCCUGCCACACCGAAGACCGGCCGUUCGCGUGUGAUGUUUGCGGUUCAGCCUUCAAGUCGGCUCAAUAUCUGUAUUCUCACAAGAAAAGGCACAGCUCGGAGCGUCCCCACAAGUGUUCGACUUGCGGAAAAACGUUCCGAUUUCGCCAAGCACUGGAUGCCCACAUGAUCAGUCACAGCGAGGAACGGCCAUUCAAAUGCGAUGUUUGCGAUUCAGCCUUUAAAACAGCUACUAACUUAAACAUUCACAUAGACAGACAUUCAGCGGAACGUUCGCACAAGUGUUCGAUUUGCGGGAAAGGAUUUACCAUCCGUCCGACGCUCCUAGCCCACAUGCGCAGUCACGACAAGAAGCGAUUCGAUUGCGACAUUUGCGGUUCGUCAUACAAGACUGGUGCUAUUCUAGGUAGUCACAAACGGUCCCACAUGAGCGUGGAGUCAUACAAGUGCGACAUAUGCGGCGGACAGUACGUCAGCAGCAGAACUCUUAAAGCUCACAAAAAGCUACACACAACCGAACGGAGGUUCCAGUGUGGCUGCGCAAGGAAGUUUCCCUCCUACGAAGCUCUCAAGCAGCACAGGCAGAGCGACUGUAAAGAUCGACCGUUCAAGUGUACGGUGUGCGGGGAAACUUUUCGCACCGAGAAAAUUCUUCAGCUGCACUUUCGCCAGCACGGCAAAGGUUCACAACAAUGCACGAUCUGUUCCAAAUGGAGGAUUGACCUGAACGUUCACAUGCGGUCCCACGAAAAGAACGGUCUCUUUGUUGAGAAAAAGUAUAUUUGCUAG